AUGGCAUCCCCUUCGAUUACUCUGUACUUGGACAUUGUCAGUCCCUUCAGUUAUAUCGCCUAUUAUGUUCUUCGGCACUCGGCUAUUUUCUCGACAUGCAAAAUCAACUACGUCCCGAUUUCCCUAGGCGGGUUAUUCAAAUUAUGCAGCAAUACGCCUCCCAUUGCCGUCAAAAACAAGUACGCAUGGAUCAACCGCGAACGUCUCAGCUGGGCCAAUAGAUUCCGUGUUCCGAUGGGGCAACAGGUGCCGGAGGGGUUCCCGCAAAACACACUCCCCCUGCAGCAAGUUCUCUGUGCUAUAUCCCGGGAUGCGCCCGAUAGCCUCGCCCCUGCGAUCGACGCCUUAUAUGACUCCUUAUGGGCAAAAGGGAACGGCCGGACCGUGGAGCUCGACAGCUUUCUACCUAUUCUAACAGCAAUUCUAGGCGAGGUUGAUGCAAAGGCUAUGUUAGAUCUUUCGGAAGACGCCGGUAUCAAAAGCCUUUUGCAAUCAAACACGCAAAAGUUGUUCGAGUCGGGAGGGUUUGGGCUUCCAUGGUUUGAAUGCACCAGUUCCGAUGGGGAAGUCAACUGCUUCUGGGGAGUGGAUAGAAUUUGGCAGGUUGUCGAGUUUCUCGGCUUGGUUGAGAACCGGGAGGAGUUGGCUCAGUUUAUACCCGGGGUAACUAUUUCCCCUUAAGAUAUUAUAUGGGUUCUAUAGAGGUAUGAUCGGAUAAUAU